GUGUGCGUAAAUGAUCGUUUGAGCUGAUGAGUUUUCUUUUAUUUCGUUCAUAUUUCCCACAAUUAACUAUGUAUUCCACAUGCAGAAGGCAUCCCUCAGAUACUCCCAACCCUGCCUUAUCACUACAAAACUCGGAUGUCCUUAUUUCUUUCUUAGGCUCGACACUUCUCUUCACUGUAUGAACGAUUAAAAAAGUUAUUUAUUUUUAUGUUUUUCCUUAAAUUAAUCACUAAAAAGUUAUUGCUCGCAACUUUUAAUUCGUAAAUUCAUAAGUUUUAUUGCACAGCCCAGCUGCAGCAAAACUCUUCCGUCUCAAGUUAAUGAAGUUGUGGAACCUGUUGUCUACUGGCGGCAAAUUGAAAAGUUCGAAAUGUGUGACGAUUUCUCUGACGAUGAUGGAACAGAUGAGCUUCUCUCAGCCAUUUCGUUUGAUAUCUUACCUGAAGUGAGGAAAGAUGCAAAUGGAAAAAAUUCGUCACCCUCACCAAAAGAGACACAGAAACAAGAUCAUGUUAAUGUUCCAGAAGAAUUUCCAUUCCCGUUUAUACCUUACAAUAUCCAGUUGGGUUUUAUGAAAGCUCUCUAUGAAUGUCUACAGCUUGGAAAAAUUGGAAUAUUUGAAAGCCCAACAGGAACUGGUAAAUCUCUUAGUGUAAUUUGUGGUUCACUUAAAUGGUUGCGUGAUUAUAAAGAAGAACAAUUAAAACAGCUGGAGAGUUUAAUGAAGGAAGAGGCCAACACUAACGAGUUAAUUGAAGCUAAAUCUAAAGAUGCUAAAGAACUUGAUUGGAUCACUGAAUUCUCUGAGAAGACCAAGAAAGAAGAAGAACUUAAUAAGAUAUUGGAAAAGAAAGCCUUAUUCGAUGCCGAUAAAAAAAUUAAAGGAAAGCAUAAAACUUCAAAAAGAAAGUGCCAUGAACUAGAAAGUGAAUUUGACAACUUAAUAAAAUCGUCAUCUGAAGACAUUAAGGAUGCAUUCGAAGCUGAGUUGAGAGAAAUCCACAAAUUGGAGAAUCCAGAAGAAAAUGAAGAUGCUGAAAUUGUCCUCAGUGAAUAUAUUAGUGAUAAUGAAGGUGAUGGAGAGAAGAAUGACUCUGGUGGGGAAGAUGGUAAUGAUACAUCAGAAGAACAUAUUAUGAAGAUCUAUUACUGCAGUCGCACUCAUUCCCAGCUGUCUCAGUUUAUUAAAGAAAUCAAGAAGAGUCCCUAUGGAGACGAUGUCAGUGUGACAACAUUAGCUUCAAGACAAAAUAUGUGUAUCAAUGAGAAUGUCCAACGUUUAAAGUCUUUAACUUUAAUAAAUGACCAGUGUUUGGAAUUGCAGAAAUCUAAAAAAAGUUCAAGUACCAAAGAAAAACAACCAAAGAAACAAAAACAGGCCAGUUGUCCAUUCUACAAAGUAGAAAGAAUUGAGCAUUAUAGAGAUAGAAUUCUUACUGAAGUUAGAGACAUUGAACAACUCGUUAACCUGGGAAAACAAAUGAAAUGUUGUCCGUAUUAUGGCACACGUUUUAGUAUUGCAGCAGCAGAGAUUGUUGCGCUGCCUUACAACACGAUGCUCCACCGUUCCACACGCGAGUCCUGUGGAAUCAAGCUUGAAGGUAAUAUUGUUAUCAUAGAUGAAGCUCAUAAUCUGCUAGAGACCAUCAACAACAUUCAUAGUGUUGAAGUGUUUGGGUCACAACUGUGCCAAGCACAUUCCCAGCUGAGCCAGUAUAUACAGAGAUAUCGCAACAAGUUAAAAGCGAAGAAUUUAAUGUACACCAACCAGAUUCUGUUCCUGUUAUCCAGAUUUGUUGUAUACAUUGGAGGUGUUUUAGACACACCCUCUGAUUCUCAGCAUUUGAAGAAAAUUGAAUCUAAAAUUUUUACAAUCAAUGAUUUCUUGUAUGAAACCAAACUGGACAAUAUUAACUUAUUUAAGAUUCUACGAUACUGUCAGAAAAGCCAGAUUUCCAAAAAGUUGAAUGGUUUUGUGGAAAAAUACCAGCCAUCUUCAGUAAAAUAUGUACCUCUUUCUGUGAAAAAACCCGAGAAUAGUCGUUCUGGUAUUAGUCAGUUUUUGGAGCAGUUAAGCGACAAACAGAAUUCUUGCAAGAAUACUCCUAAUAAAGUUCCUGAGCCGGUACAAAUUACUAACGAACCACCUGAGAUGAGAUCCCCACUCAUGCAUAUUGAGAGCUUUCUGGAAGCCCUGACAAAUGCUGAUAAAGAUGGCCGUAUUGUACUCAACAGGAAAAAUCUCUUAAGUGUAUCAAGUAUCAAGUUCCUUUUACUUAACCCUGCUGUGGAAUUUAAAUGUAUUGUGGAUGAAGCUCGUGCUGUUGUCAUUGCUGGUGGAACAAUGCAGCCUGUGAAUGAAUUUAAAGAACAACUUUUCCAGUCUGUUGGUGUCCAACCGGAAAGAAUUUUGGAAUAUUCUUGUGGGCAUGUCAUACCUGACAAUAAUUUACUUACUAUUGCUUUGGCCAAUGGACCAUCUGGACAAGAAAUGGAUUUUACAUUUAAAUCAAGGAACAAUGUUCAAACGCUAAACGAACUUGGUCAUGUUGUUGUUAAUAUGUGCAAUGUAAUACCUGGUGGUAUUGUCUGCUUCUUCCCAUCGUAUGAUUUUGAAAACCAUGUGUCUUCCCACUGGACAACAUCUGGAGUUCUGCAAAGAAUAUCAAAUAAGAAAAAGAUAUUCAGAGAGGCUCGGAAAGCUGGAGAAUCUGAUAAAGUUCUUAAUUCUUAUGCGCAGUGUAUUGAGAAAUGCAAAUAUUCUGAAGAUACCAAAAUAACUGGUGCCAUUCUGUUCAGUGUUGUUGGUGGCAAAUUGAGUGAAGGAAUCAAUUUCUCAGAUGAUCUUGGAAGGUGUGUCAUGCUGGUAGGAAUGCCUUAUCCAAAUAUAAAUUCACCUGAACUGAAGGAAAAAAUGGAAUACCUUAAUGCCAAUUAUCCAAGCGACCCUGGUGAUAAAACUGCUGGACAAAUACACUAUGAAAACCUUUGUAUGAAGGCUGUAAAUCAAUCCAUUGGUCGUGCCAUUCGUCAUCAGAAUGACUACGCAACUGUCCUGCUUUUAGACAGACGCUAUCAAAAACCAAGUGUGGCUGCCAAACUGCCCGGGUGGAUACAAAAAGAUGUGAAGAACAAAAACUUUGGUCCAGCUGUUGCGGCUAUAUCAAAGUUCUUUGCUUCCAAAAACGAAACCAAAAUUGUCCAGAACUGACACAUGUACAGAAAUACAUCAUCAUAAUCAUGUUCUUCAUCCCUGUCACCAUCCCAUCUCUUUGGCUAUCAUCAUCAUUACCGUUGGCUGUUUUGUUAUUCUUUAAUGGAAAUAAAAACCAUUUUUUUA